UCUGUUCGUCCUACCUGUUCUCUUGUAUCAACCCCACAAGCCUUUGGCACAAUGAAGUGGGUAACUUUUAUUUCCCUACUCUUUCUCUUUAGCUCUGCUUAUUCCAGGGGCGUGAUGCGUCGAGAAGCACAACAGAGUGAGGUUGCUCAUCGGUACAAUGAUUUGGGAGAAGAACAUUUCAGAGGCCUGGUGCUGGUUGCCUUUUCUCAGUAUCUCCAGCAGUGCCCAUUUGAAGAUCAUGUGAAAUUAGCGAAGGAAGUGACUGAGUUUGCAAAAGGUUGUGCUGCUGACCAGUCAGGGGCCGACUGUGGCAAAUCCCUUCACACGCUCUUCGGAGACAAACUGUGUACAGUCGCCUCUCUUCGCGAAAAGUAUGGCGAGCUGGCUGACUGCUGUGAGAAACAGGAUCCUGAAAGAAAUGAGUGCUUCCUGACUCACAAAGACGAUAACCCCGGCUUCCCUCCGCUGGUGACCCCGGAGCCGGACGCCAUGUGCGCCGCCUUUCAGGAAAGUGAACAGAAGUUUCUGGGCAAAUACCUGUAUGAAGUUGCCAGAAGACAUCCUUACUUUUAUGCCCCAGAACUCCUUUACUAUGCUCAGCAAUAUAAACAAGUUUUUGCAGAAUGCUGCCAAGCUGCUGAUAAAGCUGCCUGCCUGACACCCAAGAUUGAUGCUUUGAGGGAAAAAGUACUGGUUUCAUCUGCCAAAGAAAGAUUCAAGUGUGCCAGCCUCCAGAAAUUCGGAGAUAGAGCCUUCAAAGCAUGGUCGAUAGCUCUCAUGAGCCAGAAAUUCCCCAAAGCUGACUUUGCAGAAGUUUCCAAGUUGGUGACAGAUCUUACCAAAAUCCACAAGGAAUGCUGCCACGGUGACCUGCUUGAAUGUGCAGAUGACAGGGCGGAUCUGGCCAAGUAUAUGUGUGAGAAUCAGGAUUCAAUCUCUAGUAAAAUGAAGGAAUGCUGUGAUAAGCCUUUGUUGGAAAAAUCCCACUGCCUCACUGAGGUGGAAAGAGAUGAGUUGCCCGGUGACCUGUCCCCGAUAGCUGCUGACUUUGUUGAAGAUAAGGAGGUUUGCAAAAACUAUCAGGAGGCAAAAGAUGUGUUCCUGGGCACAUUUUUGUAUGAAUACUCAAGAAGGCAUCCUGAGUACGCUAUCUCUUUGCUGUUGAGACUUGCCAAGGAAUAUGAAGCCACUCUGGAGAAGUGUUGCGCCACCGAUGAUCCUCCUACUUGCUAUGGCAAAGUGCUUGAUGAAUUUAAACCUCUUGUGGAAGAGCCUCAGAAUUUAGUCAAAACAAACUGUGAACUUUUUGAAAAACUUGGAGAGUAUGGCUUCCAAAAUGCGCUCUUAGUUCGUUACACCAAGAAAGUACCCCAAGUGUCAACUCCAACUCUCGUGGAGGUCUCAAGAAAACUAGGAAAAGUGGGCACCAGGUGUUGUAAGAAACCUGACUCAGAAAGAAUGCCCUGUGCUGAAGACUAUCUGUCCGUGGUCCUGAACCGGUUGUGCGUGUUGCACGAGAAGACCCCAGUGAGUGAGAGAGUCACCAAAUGCUGCACAGAAUCCUUGGUGAACAGACGACCAUGCUUUUCUGCCCUGGAAAUUGAUGAGGCAUAUGUUCCCAAAGAGUUUAACGCUGAAACAUUCACUUUCCAUGCAGACUUAUGCACACUUCCUGAGGCUGAGAAACAAGUCAAGAAACAAUCUGCACUUGCUGAGCUGGUGAAACACAAGCCCAAAGCAACUGAGGAACAACUGAAAACUGUUAUGGGGGAUUUUGGAGCCUUUGUAGAGAAGUGCUGUGCAGCUGAAAACAAAGAGGCCUGCUUUGCCGAGGAGGGUCCAAAACUUGUUGCCAAAGCUCAAGCUGCCUUAGCCUAAAAGAACACCAUCACAAGCAUCUCAGCCUGCCCUGAGAAUAAGAGAAAGAAAGAGAAAUGAAGACCUAGAGCUUAUUCAUCUGUUUUUCUUUUCUGUUGGUGUAAAACCAACCCUCUGUCUAAAGAACACAAAUUUCUUUAAACGUUUUGCCUCUUUUCUCUGUGCUGUAAUUAAUAAAAAAUGAAAAGAAUCUAA